AUGCAAAUUUCUGACUUGGAUGAGAAGUAUAAACAGAUUGAUAUCUAUGCUCAAAAUAAGGCCAAGAAGUGGCUUGAGUCAUAUAUUAAGGAGAUAAAUGUGAAAAACGGAAUCAAUUCUAAAAAGAUAUCUAAUCGUGGAUAUGUCUACAAACGUGCUUAUAAGAAAGCGCAAGAUAUAUUAUAUCAGAAAAUGGGUAAUACAUAUGAAAUAUAUCAUGGAGAUUGGUUAAGCUUCGAAAACUUUAAGGUAGGUGACCCUGUUUCGAGAUUAUGGGAGAGAUUCAUAGAGUAUGCUAAAGCAUAUACUAAAAAUAAUAAUCUCUCAGUAAGUACUGAGGUAAGAGAAUCUAUAUGCUCCGAUUUUACGAAACACAUAAAUGCACUUAUCCCAAUUAUCAAAAAAUAUGAUGCCUCUUUUCAUCAAUUAGUAUACCACAUGCGAUAUAAAGAACAUGUAUCAAACCCAGAUAAAAUUGGCCCACCCGAAACUAUGAGAAAAAAUGAGAUAGUUGUCGAGCAACCUAUUAUAUUCAAUAUAACGAAAGCUGAUCAACUG